UCAUUUUCAUUUCCCUUUUGCUUUGAAGGUAAUAAUGGGCAAGAGAACCAAGAUUCUUGUGAACUGUUCCAAGUGAUCAAUGCUAAGGAUGGAACAGAGAAGUUUGGAAUUCGAAUGGAAUUCGAAAACCAUGAUAGAAACCAGUCAAAGAAUUUCAACCAGGAAAGCUCAUCUUCCACUGAUGCUCCGAUGCAAGACUUUCUUGCCCAACAAGAGGAAAUAAGGAAAAAAUACACUGGAAAAUAUGUGAAGCUAAUCAAAGCUAAAGUACAAGUAAAUGAACACUAUUUAACCCAAAACAAAGGAGAAGAUGCUAUAAGAAGACACAGUGGACAAAAUUACAAUAGGACAUUCAUUCUUUCUCUUGGGAAUAAGUUCCUUACAUCUCAAAAAACGAUUGACACAGAAGUGAAGCCUUAUAAGUGUUUGGAAUGUGGAAAAUGUUUUAGAACAAGCAGGCAACUUAUUUCCCAUGAAAGAAUCCACACGGGGGAGAAGCCGUAUAAAUGCAUGGAGUGUGGAAAGACCUUUGCUGAAAGAAGUACUCUUAUUUCCCAUAAGAUGAUCCACACAGGGGAGAAACCAUUUAAAUGCAUGGAGUGUGGAAAGACUUUUGCUUGGAACAGUGCCCUUAGAAGCCACAAAAAGAUCCACUCAGGAGAGAAACCAUUUAAAUGCAUGGAGUGUGGAAAGACCUUUGCUCAUAGAAGUGCACUUACUGUCCAUAAUACGAACCACACAGGGGAGAAACCAUAUAAAUGCAUGGAGUGUGGAAAGAGCUUUGCUCAAACAAGUAAACUUAUUUCCCAUGAAAGGAUCCACACAGGGGAGAAGCCGUAUAAAUGCAUGGAGUGUGGAAAGACCUUUGCUCAAAGAGGUAAUCUUAUUUCCCAUGAAAGGAUCCACACAGGGAAGAAGCUGUAUAAAUGCAUGGAGUGUGGAAAGACCUUUGCUGAAAGAGGUCAUCUUAUUUCCCAUGAAAGGAUCCACACAGGGGAGAAGCUGUAUAAAUGCAUGGAGUGUGGAAAGACCUUUGCUCAAAGAGUUGAUCUUAUUUCCCAUGAAAGGAUCCACACAGGGGAGAAACCAUUUAAAUGCAUGGAGUGUGGAAAGACCUUUGCUCAAAGAAGUAAUCUUAUUUCCCAUGAAAGGAUCCACUCAGGAGAGAAGCCAUUUAAAUGCAUAGAAUGUGGAAAGACCUUUGCUCAUAGAAGUAAUCUUAUUUCCCAUAAGAUGAUACACACAAAAGAAGCUGUGAUGACCCGG